AUGACGCUCAUACACCUGUCUAGUCCAUAUUCUCCAAAGUGCUGUACAUAUGAGGUUUCAGGUGCGAAAGAAUGUCCAGAGUUCAGUGAUUGGAAGCCAUGGACAGAACAAUGCCUGUGGUAUCCGCUGGCCAGCUUGCACCAGAAAAUGACCAGUGCCUGCGACGUUAACGUGGUGCGGCAGUUUUCGCCCCUCUCUGCAACAUUUCCUGACCUCGUCAUUCCUGAAAGAUGCGGACACUGCAGCUUCAAGUUCCGUUGUCGAACGCGAGACCCCGAAAUAGGAUGCUUGUAA